AAUACCUCUAUUGAAACCUUCCUCCUCCUGAUACAUGUGACAAAGCCAUAGAAGAAGAAAAAGAGCCAUAACGCGAUUGUUAGAUUACAGCGUGCUCAAUUAAAUAAUGGAGACGAAUUAUAAUUUGGAUUGUCUCUUUGGUUCGAUGGAAAUACAACCACUCUCUACAUUUGAUCAAUGCGAAAAUCAAUAUCUAUCGAGCGGAGACAACAAGGAAACUCUUGAAUGGAAGAAGUUUGUGGAAGAAGUACAAGAGGCGGUAGGAUACAAAUUCUACAACGUUAAUUUGUUGUAUCAAACUUUUACUCAUUCUUCUAUCCAUCGAGAACACAAGUUUGAAUCAUAUGAAAGGCUUGAAUACGUGGGUGACUCAGUGCUAAAUCUGCUGAUAGCAAAAUCACAUUAUUUUUUACAUCCUGAUUUGCCGCCGGGGCAAUUGACUCGGCUGCGGGCUGCCAAUGUGGAUACAGAAAAACUUGCUAGGGUAGCCGUCAAAUACGACUUGCACAAGUAUUUACGGCACAACAAACCUCUACUUAAGGGUCAAGUAGAAGAAUUCAAAGAUGCAACACUUGAGUACCCAUUGCAUUCAUCAGGGCUUAUUGAUCCUCCAAAGGUGCUAGCUGAUGUAGUUGAAUCCCUUAUUGGUGCCAUUUAUAUUGACUGCAAUUUCUCUAUGGAUACAACUUGGCAGGUGGUAGAAGGUUUGUUGCAACCUAUGGUCACUCUAGAAAAUCUAGAGACUCAUCCAGUAACAAAAUUCUAUGAGGCUUGCCAAAGAAAUCGAUGGAGUGUUAAACUUAUUGAUACAUGGGAAAGAACAGGAGAAAUUGAAAUUUUUGUUGCUGGAAAAUUUGCUGGCAAGGGAAAAUUUAGUGGCAAGAAAUUGAUUGCCCUAAAUAGGGCUGCACAUAAUGCAUAUUGUGAAAUUGUCAAAAACUUAAAUGUGGAAACUACUUGUGAUAAUGGUACUUGUAAUGAAACUCAAAACUAAUUAUUAUAGUUUUGAUACUUUGUAUCUAUCUUUGUGUAUCCAUAAUUCUUACUUAUUUA